UUUCUUACUAUUCUUAUUUUCCCCCACUACUACUAAGAAUAAUAUCAGAAUUUCCAUGUACCUGUACGUCGUCAGGAGCCACAAGACCUUUUUAUUUGUCUUUUUUUUUUUUUGGAUUUGGUUUUGGGUUCUUGACAGGUCUCAGCAGGGCUGUGUCUGGUGCCAGAAAGCUCCUUCCCAGCUUAGAUUCAGGCACCCAUUUGCCCCACAAAGAAAACCCAGAAAGGGUUUUCAUAUCUUCAGCUUGUAGAAGUUGGCUAUAUAAUUGGAUUUUCUCAUAAGCAAAAUGGGUUUUUCUUAGCUCAAGUUUUGAGCUUUUUUCUUUUUUUCUUUUGGGUUGGUCAGAGAUCUGGGGUUAUUGGGAAUGUUGAAGGAGUUUUUGAGAUCUGGGCUUUGAAGGUUUGCCCUUGUGAAUCUCAUCACAUUGAGGCAACCAGAUACUUAAAAAAUAUGGCUUCUGAUCUCAAUGCGGAGUUAUCCAAGAAAACGGCCAUUUUUGGUCUUAAAGUUUGGGAAGUAAUUGGUAUUGCUGUUGCACUAUUUAUUAUAAUUAUCCUUUCUGUGCUGUCACUUUGUCUUACUUCCCGGAAGAAAUCAAGAAGAGCUAGGGACAGGGUUCCCCUUAGCCAAAUCCCGACAGUAUCGAAAGAAAUUAAGGAAGUUCGAGUGGAGCAAGUAGCUGCAACUGAAUUCGUUCCGCGGGAUGGAAUUCUUCUUACCAUUCAUGACAAAUCCAGUGACAAAGAGUCGGACAAGGUUCUACUCCAUCUGGGAAUGGGGAAGGCAAAGAAUGGAGGGAAUAGCAGUCAGUCAGGUUCAUUUAACCGCUUUGAUAAGGAUGGUGCUGGUUCACAAUCAGGAGAAGAAGGGAGUUCCGGUUCUAUGACUGUGUAUAAGCCAUCUUCUUCGUAUCCAAUAACUGCACCGUCUCCACUGAGUGGCCUGCCUGAAUUCUCGCACUUGGGUUGGGGGCAUUGGUUCACAUUAAGAGAUCUUGAGCUCGCAACUAACCGGUUUUCAAAAGAAAAUGUCCUUGGUGAGGGUGGAUAUGGAGUUGUUUACCGGGGUCAUCUGAUCAAUGGAACCCCAGUGGCAGUUAAAAAGAUCCUCAACAACCUGGGCCAGGCAGAGAAAGAAUUUAGAGUGGAAGUUGAAGCAAUUGGCCAUGUGCGCCAUAAGAAUUUGGUUCGUCUUCUGGGAUACUGUAUUGAAGGCACUCAUAGGAUGUUGGUUUAUGAGUAUGUAAACAAUGGAAAUUUAGAGCAGUGGCUUCAUGGAGCUAUGCGUCAGCAUGGAUAUCUCACUUGGGAAGCCCGUAUGAAGGUCCUUCUUGGCACAGCAAAGGCUCUUGCCUACUUACAUGAGGCUAUUGAGCCAAAGGUGGUACAUCGAGACAUCAAAUCAAGCAAUAUCUUGAUUGAUGAUGACUUUAACGCGAAGGUAUCUGAUUUUGGCCUGGCCAAGCUGCUGGGUGCCGGGAAAAGUCAUGUGACAACUCGUGUUAUGGGGACCUUUGGAUAUGUCGCUCCUGAAUACGCGAAUACCGGCCUUUUGAAUGAAAAAAGCGAUGUCUAUAGCUUUGGAGUUGUGCUUUUAGAAGCAAUUACUGGCAGAGAUCCUGUAGACUAUGGUCGCCCUGCCCCUGAGGUAAAUCUGGUAGAUUGGCUGAAGAUGAUGGUCGGUAGCAGGCGCUCAGAAGAAGUCGUAGACCCAAACAUUGAGGUGAGGCCAUCAACAAGAGCCCUAAAACGAGCCCUUUUGACCGCAUUGAGGUGUGUUGAUCCAGAUUCUGAAAAAAGACCCAAGAUGGGUCAAGUUGUCCGUAUGCUUGAGUCAGAGGAGUAUCCUAUCUCAAGAGAGGAUCGAAGGCACCGAAGAGCUCAAGCAGGUAGCAUGGAGAUUGAUUCCCAGAAGGAAUUUUCAGAUACCGACCGGAGUGACAAUCCGGGUUCAAGAUCAAAUAGCAGAGGCUACCAACGUUCAUAAUUAACACGAACUCAUUCGAGUAUCUGAGGCAUAUAUUAUCAUAAUUCUUAAAAUUCUUUCAACUCUUUGAUUGAGCUUGUCUAUCUGAGCUAAUGUCGCCGGCGGCACUUAAGGGCCAGUCGGACACCGGGAGGGGGAAGGCAGUUGGAGGUUGUUGAGAUGAUCUUUUUGUUCCUUUUUUUUGUUCCUCCUUUUCAAAAUCUUGUUUCCUACUUGUAGAUGAAGAGAUUAUUGUUUGUGUAUGAAAGUGGUGGUUUGUGAAGAUCCCAUAACAUUGGAGGUAUGUACAGAAUUAAUUGGUAGUAGCUCUUCAAAUUGUUUGA